CAUUACCGUGAUAGAGAGUACCGGAUCACUGGCUGAAUUGAAUGACAAUUAAUAUAUAGGACAAUUAUUGAAAUAUUACGUCUACAUGAUGGAUGAAAUAGAAUAUAAAUUAGAAUCGACGAAUCCUGUAUUAAUAUCGCACGCAACGUCGAAACUUUUCGAAUCCAUUAAGAAAAAGAAAUGCGAUCGACAAACGGACCAUAUUUCCAAGAUACCCGAGUUUAAGUUGCUAUUAACAAAACGAGAUAGUACAAAUGUCACGCUCAGCAUAUCUGCCUGUCAAGCCCUAACUGCUCUGGUUGAAAAUGGAUUAUGGGACAUUAACGAGGCUCUAGCUACUUUCAUCUCCAGUAUCUCUUCUAUAAAAAAUUAUAUGGUUGCUACUACAACCAUAAGCCAUUUACUAAUAUUAGAUUUAAAACGCGAUACAGCAAAAGAAAAUAUAUAUCCGUUUACAUUACAUAUGCCACAACACCCUUUUAUUACCAUUUUAACUCAAGAUAAACAUAGCUGGCAGACUAUAUUAAGUCAGAUGACAUUUAUUCUGAAUCAUCAGGAUGUUCGAAUUAGAGAAAAUGGCGUGAAAAUGUUACGACCAGUAUUUUUGUAUGUUUUAUGCAAUCCUUCAUCAGAUUCGUUGGAUUACUGUAUGCAACAAAUUUGGCAAUUGUUAAUUAGAUCGAGACACAGUACAUAUGUACAGACAGAAAUUUUACUUUGGAUGUGCACAGCGGAAAUCCAUUGUUGUAUAAAUACAAACUAUAGAAUCUUAGAGCUUGCAGAAAAAGCUGCAUCAGAAGGAAACAGAGAAUAUUGUACAGCUUUGUUGCCGAUGAUUGUAUCCUUAGUUAUACAAUUACUAAAGCAAGGUUCUGAUCCAACACCAAAUUUUCAUGUUAUGUUGUUUAUCAUAGACCACUGUGAUAACUAUAUUGGGAAUCUUGUGCUAACAUUAAUGGCAGAAGUAAUUACUUUAUGUCCAGCUAUUUAUUUGUAUACUACUUUGCAAAUAUGUACGAUGAUAGCAAAGAAAAUGUCUUACAAUGAUAUAUUUUUCUACACUUUGAUAGCAUCUAUUCUAAAAUGGAUUGCAUAUCCAUCCGUAUUGUGUUCUGAGGCACUAGACAUGGCGAGAGAUUUAGCCAGCGAGAUGUUUACAAGAACGAAAUUAACGUGCAAUAAUGAAACGAUAUUCUCAAAUAAAUUUUUUACAGUGUUUACUAAUUCCGACCCAUACAUACAAUUCUACACGGAGCUGGUGCAUUGCUUGAAUAUCUGGAACCAAAAUGAUAUUCUAUCAUGGUUGAACAACGUAUCAUGUGUACCAACUUACUUAAAAGAUAAAUGUAAACUAUUGAUAUCUGGUCUCCUUCUACAGUCAAACGAGCCACAAAUAGUUCAACUGUGCUGUAAUAUACUCGUUGAUGUUAGCAGAGAAAGGACAAAUUUUGGAUCGCACGUGCUCUCAUUGGUAUUGCAUAAAUUAACCAAAUGUAAAAGCAGUAUAGAAUCAAAAUGUUUGUUACUGGUAAUGCCUGAGCUUAUGAUUACGAAAGAAAAUGUCCCAAUCGUUAAUCAUACCUUGAACGGGUUGUUAAACGGUGACAAGCAACUGAAAUAUUUUAUAAUCGAAUUAUAUUUGAAAGCAUUGAAAAAAGAACCGAGAUGUUACAGAUUUCUCUUUGCCGCAAUAAUCAAAGUAAUGGAAAGCGAUCUCUCCUGGUAUUCGGAUGCAACUUGUGCAAGAGCUAUGAAAUAUAUUUGUGAAAAUUAUCCUGAACAUGGGGAAAAAUUGGUACCAUUGAUAUUACAGAUAUUAAAUCGUUCGACGGAUACGAACGGCGGAACCGCAAGCGCACUCGCGCUUGGAUGUAUUUCUGCUCUUUACAAAGCAUCCGUAAUAGACAUUUGUUCGACAUGGAGAGUGCUAUCCCCAAAAAUGGAAAAAGAAAAGCGGUCUAUUGUUUUAGAAAGCUUGUGCGAACUACUUGCUGAUGUUGCAUUCUAUGCACCUUCUCAAUGCCUCGAAGAACACGACCAUCAAUUAAUCGACGAUAUCGUAUCGAAGUUGUGGAAAUACACGACAUGUAAUGAUGUAAAGGUAAUCAAAGCUGCGCUUAAAGCUCUAGCUUCGUACCGUCUCGAACAAUUAUCCUUGAAAAUAUUACCAGUAGAAUUUAGAUAUAAUCUCGUACUACCAGCUACGUAUGCGAAAAUUCCAACCGACACGGUAAAAAAGCCAGAGGACGUGCUUCCGUAUAUACCUGGUAUUUGUUGGAUCCAAAUGCUUCAAAAUAUAAAUAAAAUGACUUUGUCAGCAGCCGGAAACCUUUUAAUUUCCUUCGUGAUAGAAGAAGUAAAUAGCUUCCGAUCCGGCAUGUACAACUGGCCUCAAGGGGAGCCGCAAAAUUUUAAAUAUUUACCAGACAAAAGCGUAAUCAGAGCGGUCGGUGAAUAUUUGAGGAAAACUAAUAAGUUUGAUUCGAAUAAUCAUUGUAUUGUUACGGAAUGCCUACGAAUAUUCGCUCAUAAAUAUCCGAAACCAUUACCUAAUGUAAAUUGGAGUUUUUUGAAGGAUACUUUUCACCUAUCAGCCGAAGCAAAGCAAUAUACUCUUUCUAUCGCGUGUCAUCAUGCGACGGUAUCUUUAUCUGCUAAAUCUUUUAUAGAAGAUUAUCUAUUGACGUAUAAAUCUGUAAACGAUGCAGAAGAUUUCAUUUGGAAAGACAAUGAACACCCGAUAUUGUAUUCAAAUCUCGAGUACUUGUGUCAAGCUGUACAACCAAAUAUCAUUAAACGGUUCUUAGAAACUACUUUAGAAUGUGCAAUUAAAAAAAUGAACGAAGAUUCGAUACAACCGUUUCAUUGUAUCAUGUAUUCAUAUGCUCAGGCAUUAAGAAAUCCAGAAAUAUGCCAUGCUAACUCUACACUGCUUUCUACCAUGCUGGAAGAACUUUUGGACAAAAUAGAUUUAACGUGCGACCGUUUCUACCCUUGUUUCACGGCAGCUUUGGAAUUACCAGUGGAGCAUUUAGAAAGAACUACAUCUCCUAAAACGUGGUGGGAAUCAAUGGCCAGUAAAUUAAAGAAUGCGAUCGCGAUUAGAGCCGAAUUGUCUUUAAAAAAGUCAAAUUCCGAAGCCUCCUUAAAGUGGUUGAACGAAAUCAUCGGUGAAACUUUCGCUUCUACGUUAAGUGUGCAAACAUAUUUUUUCGAAAUUAUACAAAAACUACAAGCCAAUAUGCAAUUCGAAAGAUCCAGUUCAAAUUGGAUUCUGGAGCUUAUGACACAAGUUCAAGGAUUUUUAAUGGACUCAUCACAAAAUCAUAAUAACAAAAUACAAUUCUAUUGUAAUGUUUUAUUUAUCUCUGUGAUAAGCUUGUCUGGCAUAGACUCCAUUUUAAUGAAACGAGAUCUAGUGAUUAAAUCGGAAAAUGUCAGAAUAAAAUUAUUUCCUCAAGCUCUAACACUUCUUUCCGAUAGAGAGAAUUGGAAACAUGCAAUUCCACAGAUGAUGGAAUGGUUAAAUUAUAUGAGGAUGAAUCAUAUUUCUGAUACAUAUAAAUAUACGUUUCAUCGGGCAUUAAUUUCUUUAAGACAUAAUUCAUAUUAUAAAAAUGUAUGGAGUAAAUAUUUAUCGAUUAAAACGGACAUCGAUAUUUAACCGCAAGUUGGAACAAAAAACAUGUCCGUUACUGCAAAUUUAAGGGGUGCGACUUGGACUAGAUUUCCUACUGCUUGGAUAUGAUUUUAAUAAACGAGCCCUAUGGGAACAUUUAAGGACACCAUGUUUUUGUCUCAUUAUAUUAUAGCACAACAUACUACAAACCUUAAAUUUACAUUCCAUAAUUUAAAAGAAUCAUACUUACGCGUCCAUUAACUUAAGGAAUAAACGGGUAUAUACUUGAUAUUCCUCAUCACCAAAUUCAGUCGGAUCAUGUCGUGCAUGUUCAUAUAAAUCGCAGAACUGAUGAAUUAAUCGUUGUCCACUUCCAUUUAAUGGCGUUGCCAAUAUGGCAAGUAAAUAUGCACGUAAAUUUUCAGAUGGAUGUCUUUUUAAGCAAUUAUCAUAUUUAGUAAUUUCAGCUUCUACAAAAAAGAUUGAAAAUGAGUCUGAACAUAAAGAGUCUGUUUACCAUAAUAAAUAUAAUUAUACCCAAGGUCUUAACAUCAUCUACAGCUUUUAAUCUGUAGUAAUGAGGUGAAACCUGUCCUCGAGGAGUUAAAAUAAAUCUUGGAUCGCUAAUAA